AAAAGCAAAGACUACGGCACAUCCAAUAGAUAACCAACGUUUAGUCAUUCUACUUCGUCUUCAUCUUCAGACACGACCUCAUACGUACCUCAACCCUCUCGAACAUAACUGAAUAUCACCACCACUACCUCCACCCAACUCAUCCAAAAUCAGCAACAUACACGUCUACACUUAGUGACACAUAUUUUUCGAUCACAUAAUCAAAAUCCCUCCACCAAAUAUACUACCCACGAGGAAAUCCCACAUUCUAGCAUUCUGCACAUACAUAUAAUUUAACAUAAGCUUUACAUAUAUGGUCAGUUUAUCAUUAUUUGGAAACAACAGCUCGCCUAGUUCAUCCAACGAUGUCACUCCCCCAAGUGAACAGGAUUUGUCAUCAAUGGAAGCAAAUGUUUUUCACAAUGGCCAUGCCGGCAUAACAACUCCGCCCCACCCCGGAUAUUCUAGACCUCAGUCUAGAAAUAGAAAACGGUCGAUCUCAUUCACAAAGUUCUUGUUUAACAAGGACGAACCAAAUUCCACCAACAACCAUCACGUUACUCCUGCAAACGACUUGGGCUCGUCUCAGUCGACACUUUCGGUUAACCACCCCGAAGAAUUGAAGCUGCAAGCAAGUUUCGUCAGAUUGAAGAAUAUGUUUAAGUUAUCGACUGCCUCCCUGUUGGCACACAGUGAAAGUGAACAGCUGGAAGAACAACAAGAGCAGCAGCAGCAGCAGCAUCACCAAGAACCUACAUCGCCCGACACAUCCGUCCACAUUGGACGUAACCGUUCUAUAUCCACCCCAUUAAGUGGCCCCAUAAAAAAUCAUGUGCGUAACUUUGCCUCGCGAGAAGCAGGAUACACUCCAUCCCAAGACUCCAUGUCGUCAUCCACACUGAAGAUACCAACCAUAACAACAACCCCCACGUCUCCUCCGCGAAGUGGCAAGGAUGAAUCUCAAGUCAUUCAUUCCAAUUUGUACUUUGCAUACCAAGGGUUGCCUCCACAUAUGGCCCAUGAGAACCCACCCCAUCCCGCUCAGUACUUGCACGAUUCAACCAAUAGAUCGGACAUCAGCGUUGCUUUACGACACAAUGACUCUGUAUUUUCCUUGAGUGAAAGUGGCAUCUUGAAACCUCCCAAGGUUCAUACUUCUCAAAUCAGCACCAGUGAUAAUGAUGAAGAAGAACAAGCAAUCGAGGAAUUCCCUAGCACGAUUAAGUCGCUGCCUGCAGUUCCUAUUCUUGAAAAACCUCCAAAGAUAACCGAAUUGGAACAGCAAAAAAAGCACAAGACACAUCCAGAUCAACCCCAGCCUCAGCAUGUUUUACGCACCCCUAAAAAGUUUGUCACUGCUACUGCUGAUGACGGAAUAUUUGAUGAUGACACCGACAAUCUCAACCUUAAGCCCAUAGAUGUUGAGCGAGACUUGUCGGUCCCAGUGUCACCACUCCAACGCGCCUUGCGUCGAGUGGCCUCGGCUCCAUUGGUGCAUCGCUUAUUACAAGAGAAGCUGAGCGAUACAACCACCAUUGAGCCGCCAUUCUCCACUGCUGCCACUCCUAAGCCCGUGGUUAAAACUGAAGAAGAAGUGUAUGAUAUCAAUAAACAUAUCGGUGAGGUGAAAAUCACGGGCCGGCCCCGUACUUACACAGCCGAUCGGACUUAUUCCAAUGCCGCUACCCGAGUCACUGAUGUCAAGGUUAAUGCCGAUUGUUUUGAAAAGAUUAGAUUAUUGGGAAAGGGAGACGUCGGGAAGGUUUAUCUUGUGCGCGAAAAGCUGUCAAAUAGGUUGUACGCCAUGAAGAUAUUGAGCAAGAAGGAAAUGAUUGAGAGAAACAAGAUUAAGCGGGCAUUAGCCGAGCAAGAGAUUUUGGCAACUCUGAACCAUCCAUUUAUUGUGACGCUCUACCAUUCAUUUCAAAGUCAAGAUUAUCUCUAUUUGUGUAUGGAGUACUGCAUGGGUGGGGAAUUCUUCCGCGCGUUGCAAACCCGAGACACAAAGUCCAUUCUGGAACAGGAUGCCAAGUUUUACGCUGCCGAAGUCACCGCUGCGUUGGAGUACCUCCAUUUGAUGGGAUUCAUCUAUCGUGAUUUGAAACCCGAGAAUAUCUUGUUGCAUCAAUCAGGACACAUCAUGUUGAGUGAUUUUGACUUGUCGAAACAGAGCGAACGGGCCAAGAAUCCUGAAGUUGUGUUCAAUAGGACUGGUCUCCAUUUGAGUUCCACUUCCAGUGUCAGUUCGCGGGACGGGCCUGCCCUAGAUACUAAAGCGUGUAUUGAUGGAUUUAGAACCAAUUCGUUUGUCGGUACUGAAGAGUACAUCGCGCCUGAAGUUAUUCGCGGCAAGGGACAUACGAGUGCUGUUGAUUGGUGGACCUUGGGGAUCUUUAUUUAUGAAAUGUUGUAUGGAACCACGCCAUUCAAGGGAAGCGACCGCAAGAAAACAUUUGCCAAUGUGCUUAAAAAGGAGGUUAAAUUCUUGGAUUCGCAGCCGGUGUCUUCCCAAUGUCGAUCAUUAAUCAAGAAGUUGCUUAUCAAAGACGAAGAAAAACGAUUAGGUUCGAAAACAGGAGCCAGUGAGAUUAAAAACCAUGCCUUUUUCAGAAACACCCAGUGGGCGCUCUUGCGUAAUCAGAAACCACCUAUGAUCCCCGUGUUAACCAAGAGUACGAAAAAGGUGGAAAAGCCAAUUGACGAACAGACCCAACCUCAAGAUUCAGCUGCGGUAUCACUCGAAGAAAACGGUAAAAGCGACGAUCCGUUUGCGCAGUUUAGUUCAGUGACGUUGCAGUAUGAGGAGAAUGAAUGUUCGAGUCCCAUGUACAACCCGGAAAGCAGUGCAUAUACAAGUGUGGCCUAUACCAUGACCAAGAGCCAGAACGGCAGUCCCACCAAGCAAAAGGGCUUUCUUAAACGAUGAUACACAGUUUUGUAUUUUAUAUAUAUGUAAAAAACAGUAAACGAUUGUGGUUAUAGAG